GAUCUCAGACACUGAUGCGCUGAAGAACCAAAGGGGUACCGACUUCGUCCACAUAUCGGAAAAUUUACACUACACUGCGGGUUCAGGUCCCGUGCCCAUCUCGCAAAUCUCAACUUGUGGAAGAUCAAGGCGGAACAAUGCGUUAUUACGGCAGAAAGGGACAACCUUGUUGGAGGGGACAUGGUGAUGGGAAAGAUACCUCAGAGCCGACUUACAAAUUGCACCACUUGCAACACCACCAAAGGCGCACCAACCACCACCACCACCGGCGACACCUCCGACAGACCAAGGGGAAGGGGCACACCGGCACCAGACUCGACCACAUGGGACGGGAACACAACUCGUUUUCGUUUUCACUCAAAAACAUUCAUCCCUCAACACAGUACAAGUACGUGGAUCUUUCUGACGUCAGAUACGGUGUUGCUCUGCCCGGUUGCAUGGGAUAUCCAAAUUCGCUGGUCAUAUAUCCAUUUGUCCCCAAUUCCCGUCUUUGCUUUGCCAAACAAAAAGAACACCAGUCCCACCACGAAAGUCACCACCAAUCCGUCUCCCCUCCUCACCACGAUGCACCACCACCAACACCACCACCACCACCACUACUGCCACUACCAUUACCACUACACUAGCACUACUGUUACCGCCGGCGCCACCACUCACCUUCACUACAAUUCACCGCCGCCAAAGCCAAAGGCGCAACAAAACAGAGCCCUUCAUCACAUUGAAAACACAGCAAACACAAUUUCUCAGGGCGCAUCGAAAACACAGCAAAACAAUCGGAACUUCUCGGUCCAGUCGGAAACAUACUAAACAAUUGUGCAGAUCAGAGCAAAAGAUAUCAUACAUGAUUCCAGACGCCAGACUCCAGAUCCCUGAGGAUUCAAAAAAAAAACAGCACACCACGCCAACGGACGCAAAAGAAUG